CCCAAAAUAUAAUACCAUAUGAAAUCAAUGGCUACACAUGGGCAUAGUAAUAUGUUCUCAGACUACAAACAUAUACUUGAUGCCUUAAAUAUCUUAUCAUAUCACAAAUAGGAUAUUUUGGAUCAUCAUUUUCGUCUUGAACUUUGGGGUGAUGUUGCUCAUGUUUAAAAAUUCAUACAAAGCAUUUGAAGAAAAAUCAGUGAGUUUUGUUACCGAAACCACUUACUUGGAAUGGAAUACAACAUUUCCUGCUGUUACAUUAUGCCCUAUUGCUGGAUCUGAACCCGAAUGGUUUGAAGAUGAAGACUUUGAUAAAGAAGAAAUUGACAUGCAAAAGCAAUUUAUAAUCGAUUUGGUAUAUUUUACCGGGAGCUGCUAUUCCUGCAAUUCGGAUUGUAAAUCAUGUAAAUCAAUGAAUUUCACCGAAAAAGUGGAGAAAUAUCGAAAGAAAUGCAAUAGAGUGGUUUCAGCCUGCAAAUGGAAUGAUAUCGAUUUCAAUUGUUGCGAUGAGAUUUUACCUCUUGAAACUGAGUAUGGAUUUUGUUAUUCACUGAAUUCUUUACACACAAAGAAACCCAACGGUCAGAAAAUGGAUUUAACAAUGAACAGAAAAACAGGACCUGGGGAACUUUGGCUUCGAACAAAUGAAGAUAUCAGGGUAUUUUUCCACGCCCCAGAAGAUGUACCGUUCAUAAACUCGGAUCCAGAUCAAAGAAAAGAUGUUAUGCUGGGCGAAGUUUUCAACAUAUCUGUAAAUGUUAUAGAGAUAAGCAAUGACGAGAAUGUAUACAACAUACCUGUUUAUAAACGCGGAUGUAAAUUUCCAUGGGAAAAUGAGGAAUUGGUGGUACACGAUCAUUACAGUUAUUCUACUUGUGUUGUACAAUGCCACGCAGAAAAUCAUAUAGAACUAUGUAAUUGCACUCACCAUUUGAUGCCCAAGUACAAUAGAAUUAAGUACUGUGAUAUGGAGGGGCUGAAGUGUCUUACUGACAAUUUUGAAACGGUGAAUCGAUUACAUGCCAAGGGUACUGGGUUGGAUAAACCUGGUCUUGUUUGUGAUUGCUUACCUUCAUGUGUAGAGCCAGAGUACAAAGUAGUUUCCGACACAAAAGUGCUGAAGACAGCUCAAAGCGAAAUUAAUAUAAGGAUGCAGUCUUUGCCAAACUCAAGAUUUAAAAGGAUCGUAAUAAGGACAACACUGGAUUUAGUUGUUUCUAUUGGAGGAACGGCAGGACUUUUUAUUGGAGCUUCACUUCUUAGCGGAAUAGAAACCAUUUAUCUAUUGUGUUUAAGAAAAAAGGCGAACUAAUGAAAUAAUUUACAUUUCAAGAGUGGUUCUACGAUCAACAAAUAUUGUAUGAGCAAUGGCAAUAUCUGCUGAUAUAUUAAAGUAGAUGGAUAUCAUUACUAAAAACGUUUAGCAAUAAUAUUUAUUCAUCAUGUCAACCAAUCUUGUACUCAUUACCUAUAUGAAAAAAAUCUUUCGGUGCACAUUUUUCUGGUUUUAAAAGCACAUAUAGUCGAAUAGUGCAUAUACAAGAAAACAACUUUUUGUUGCCUGAAAUUUCACACAUGAAUAUGAACUGUUUUUUCAAAUAAUUUAGAUGUUUUGAUGUAAUAGUUCUAGUUUUACAAAUAUGAAGUUGAGGAUAUUUUUCAUGAAAAUGCACAUUAGUGUUUGGAUGUAUACACACAUUUAAUAAAUAUGUCCAGCC